GAUCGAAAAAUCCCCAACAAAAAUGGUGUAAUUAUGAUGAAUCAGAAAAACGAUUUAAAGCGAAAAAAUGCAAUAUUUGACCACUGAUCGGGACAAAAGUAAGCACGUACACGUAAUUGAAUCGAAUCGAACUUCCGUCAGGUGCUCUCCCACAAUUAUGCCAAUUAGGUUAUUAGCGUUGAAUCCGAUUGUUAUUGGGAUGGUGUAAAUAAACAUAAAUGAGUCAUGGAGUCGCCUCCUUCGAGCUCGACCUGGUCAGCGGAGGCAUUCAUCCUCAGCGAGGACAGUGGUCUGUUGCUGACUAAUGGCUCAGUAUCCAGCGGGAGUAUUAGUGGCGACAGUCGGGGCGGAAGAAGAAACUUGCCGUUUGAAUUUCAGGAUAGCGAUUGCGAGGAGAAGUCCCUGUCGCAAGAUGAUUCCUUGGACGGCAUGUCCGACAUUAUGUGCGGCGAGAACUUCAACACGCUGAAAAAGGGCCCUAACUGGACGGACUUCACGACCAAACACUCCGCCUCGCCGAUCGAGCCACCGCCCGAGUUUCAGGACAAGCCGAAAACCGCCUCGCCGGUCAUCGAGUUCUUUUGCGAGCGACUGUCCAAUCAGAUUUUCUGCAAGGCUCUGUGCGAGUACCGCGACACCGAGUUGAGGAAGCUGCGGCUCUUCACACAGUUUCACCGACCUCUACAUCAUUUGCUUAGCCGUCCGUAUUGGACGCCGGAGUUCAUACCGUUCAGCCCGUGUCACCAUAUCGGGCGACCGAGUUCGCGCAGCUCGCUGGGCUCGUCGCGGCUCUCCAGCUCGCACAAUUCUCUGUCGGUGCCGACGGCGCACCGCGUCGACGACUCGACGUUCAUCACCCAGGCCGUAUCGCACGACACGUUGUCCUCGAAUCAGAUCAGCGAUCUGUACAACGUGCCGUUCGACAGUGACAUGUACGCGGUGCCGAUCGACGUCGUCAAGCCGCCUCUGAGACCAAAGCGCAACCAGCACAAGAAGCGGCGGAGGAACACGUCGUCCGGUUGCAGGGAACUGGAGGUCAGACAGUGUCGACUCAUCACCGGCAAAAAAACGGCCAUCCGAGCCGAGAAAUAUCAGUGGUCCACCGUUCAGGACACGAAGAGACACAGCGUGGCCGGCACUUCGGCGCCCCAAGGCGAACCGAUCCACAUGACGCUGCAGGAAGUCAGACAGUACCUACAGACAUUGUACUCGAGCUCCUCUGACUCGUCGGAACCGAAGGAGAAGAUUUAUAAACCGAAACCGUCUAUACUGGUAACGAAUAACAACAAAUAUCCACUGGAUAAUAUUAUUAUGAGCAAAGAGAACACGGCCAGUCCGAACAAUCGGACCAAAAAGAGCACAUUCCUGAUUAACAUUAAGAAUAAGAAAGUAAAAGAUUCCUGUGAUAAUGUCGGCAAGCAGAUGAGCAUGUCGCCGACGAAGAAGGAGGAGAAACGGAAAAAGACGCCGACGCGUCUGUUUUCUCUGAAGCAGACUUUAUGUAAUAUGUUUAGGUUUAGGAGGUUCCUGUCCCCGGAACACGUGAAGGCUGAUAGGGGGACUGAUGUGCAGGAAAAAUUGUCUUACGGGAGUAGUGGCAAUCUGCUGGACGAUGUACAUAAUAAUUUAAGUAGUAGGGCUUUGCCGCCGCUCCCCGCCAAAGAAGGCGCGGUCGUGUGUGAAGAUAAGACUUUCGAUUUCGCCACUAAUAUACAGCGAGUAAAAGAUUACGGAUGGUAUUGGGGGCCGAUAUCAAGCGAGGCGGCGGAAAAGAUACUGUCCAACGAACCGGAUGGAUCUUUCAUAGUACGUGAUAGUAGCGAUGACCAUUAUAUUUUUUCAUUAACAUUUAAGCUUAAUAACUGUGUUAGGCACGUUAGAAUAGAGCAUGAUCAGGGUAACUUUAGUUUCGGCAGUUGUACUAAAUUCAAGUCCCAGACAAUUGUAGAGUUUAUAGAGAAUGCGGUGGAGCAUUCGCGUAGCGGCAGAUAUCUAUUUUUCCUGCAUCGAAGGCCGGUUAUCGGGCCGGUACGAGUGCAAUUGCUGCAUCCAGUGUCUAGGUUUAAGCAAAUACAAAGUCUCCAGCACAUGUGCAGAUUUGUAAUUCAUAAGGUGGUAAGAAGAGACUUGAUACCCAGUCUUCCUUUGCCGCGACGGAUGAUCGAUUACCUCAACACUCCGCAUUACUAUUCCGAGCAUUUCGUCGAUAUCGAGGAGCCACUUGCUUACGAAGAACGUCCCCAGUUGAGCAGAAGUCCAACACCUAUUAUUAGAGACAUAGAUAAUCGUGAACAUGACGUCCAACCAGUUGAUAAUCCUGAAGUACCUGUUAAUAAUUACGUUAUCAUUAACAAUUCUAAUUCGUUAACGCCUAGACAAUCUUAAGCAGAUUCGGGAGUAGACUUUUUGUUUUCGAGUAUUAGAAUUAAAAUGAACAAGGGUAUUUUCCAAUAACAGGCAGAAACUUACUAUUAGUGGUUGUUAUUUGGUUUGCGCAAUUUCGAGUGAUCGAUAAAAGAACGUUCUUAUGAAGUGCGCCGUUUUGAUGAAAAAAUUGGCCUAACACUCAACGAAAAGGAAUUGAUUACAAAUCUUUGUGCGCUUCAUAAACUGGAAAUUAAUCACUCAUAUUUAUUAGCCAGUUAAAUUUUCGGGUUGUUUAUCUGCUAGAGUUAUGUUCAAAAAGUAACAAUUAUGUAAUAAUACUCCUUUUGUUAUAUAUGCUACUUAUUAUCUUUCAGACCAAAGUUAUAAUGUGAUUUUAGUAUUUGUAUGCUUCUAAGAACAGCAAUAGGUUUAAACUGUAUUUAUACAAAAAUCAACGCACAUUAGUACAUAGAAAAAAUGAACUUGUAAGUAUACUUAAGUUUUUAUAGGUUGUGAAACGUAAGUUAUUUUCCAAGAGGUAAAUGCAAUAUUAAGUGUCAGAUAGAUUAGGUUCCUAAUGUUAUUAUUUAACUAUGUGCGAAUAUUAAAACAAAAGUGUAUGUGAAA